AAUCAGUGAUGGCGAGAAAAGCUCCGUGAGAUAUCAAUGAGGGCGUUUCGAGUGGGAGGAAAGAUUGGGGGAAGAGCCCUCUCAGCCAGAUAUGGAGUCGUUCCAAAACUUGCUCCUUUUGUGUCCCGAACCUCCCUUCCAUCCAUUGUUCGACGACAUCGAAGCUCGACCGACGAGCCAGUAAAGGCAUCAACAUGGACACCACACAGCCUCAAUUCCCCUUGGACCACAAGCAAGGAUGUCUCUGAUAUUUCGAAGAUCUCCAAAACACCAAAAGCUGGCCAGAAGCGCUUGUCAUAUAUUGCUCUUGGCAGCAAUCUUGGAAACCGAGUAGAAUGGAUCGAGAAGGCUUGCAACCUGAUGGAGGAACGAGGAAUCCACAUAAAGAGAACUAGUUGUCUAUGGGAGACGGAACCGAUGUAUGUCAAGGACCAGGAUCGAUUCUUGAAUGGCGUCGCUGAGGUAGAAACCGAUAUGGAGCCUCUAGCUCUUCUUGAUGUUCUUCAAUCGAUCGAAAAGGAGUCCGGCAGAGUGAAGGUUGUGGAUAAGGGACCAAGAAAUAUAGAUCUUGAUAUCCUGCUACAUGGCGAUUUAAUCGUCGACCAUCCAAGGCUCAAGAUCCCACAUAUGUUGAUGUUUGAACGAGAAUUCGUUCUCCGACCAUUAGCAGAAUUAAUACCAGGCAAGCCCCUGGACUCAAUGAACCCUUGGAAGGUCACGCAAGAUUACUUGAAUGAGCUGCCACAAUCGGAAGCGCCUAUGAGUACAGUGACACCGCUCUCCGAGUACAUGAAGCCACUUCGUGCACUCGACCCUCGACGCAAUACAUCUAUGAUGGCUAUUCUGAACGCGACCCCAGAUUCAUUUUCAGACGGAGGAAGACUUUUAAAAGGUGCGGAUGAAUAUGAUGAGUCCGAAGCACAGCAAAAAGCUCAACAAGGACAAGACUCAGAAGCAUCUCUCUUGGCCCAAUCCGCAGCUUCUGAAAAGAGCGAUAAAAAUGAUGCACCUGGGGAGAAAGGGGAGACUUCUGUAGAGGUAAAGAGAGAAGGGAAGCAGCGGGACGCUAUUACUGAUGGCCCCCUUUCCACGAGUGGCCUGUCAGACUUCAUGUUCGCCAUCGAACAGCAUCACCGUAAAUGGGGCGAAGCACUGGCGACACACGCUGUGAGCGAACACACUUGGGAUGCAAUAUGGGAUGUCGGAGGGCAAAGCACAGCCCCUGGUGUCAAGGAAGUCUCCGUUGAAGAGGAAACCAAACGUGUUGUUGACACCAUUGAGGAAAUCACAGAUGCCUAUGGGAACAUGACCAUUAGUGUAGACACAUACCGUGCAUCUGUUGCUGAAGCUGCAGCCAUCGCCGGUGCGACUAUCAUCAAUGAUGUAUCUGCUGGAGCUAUGGAUCCUGAUAUGCUGCCUACGAUGGCUCGACUUGGUGUGACGGUCAUUUUGAUGCACAUGCGUGGAACGCCGCAGACCAUGUCCGGCCUGUGCGAUUAUCCACAGGGUCUCAUUCCAACUAUAGCCGAAGAGCUUCUCGAGCGUGUCGCAGCUGCCGAAGCAGCAGGUAUUCGGCGGUGGCGCAUCAUUCUCGAUCCCGGAAUUGGCUUUGCGAAGACCGCAGAGCAGAAUCUCGAGAUCCUGCGGCGAUUUGACGAGUUGAGAGACUGGCCUGGUCUGAGAGGACUGCCAUGGCUCGUGGGGUCUAGCCGCAAGAGCUUUAUUGGGAAGAUCACGGGUGUUGAGAAGCCAAAUGAGAGGAGUUUCGGUACAGCGGUUACUGUUGCUGCUGCUAUUCAGGGCGGCGCGGAUAUUGUGAGGGUCCAUGAUUUCAAGGAGAUGAAGCAAGUGAUCACCAUGUCGGAUGCUAUAUGGCGGGUUUGAGGGCUUUUAAGUGGGUAUAUGUAUGUACAUACUAGCGGAAACUGUAUGACCUCAAACUUCCAAUCUCUUGUUUGUAGGAAGAGAGCCCUGCCACCGCUUAGAAGCUGAACCUGCCAGGAGCAUUCUCUGAAUUUCUUCCGUGCCGACAACGGCUUUUUGCUGUCCGCAAAAGCACGCUUUCCUAAAAUUAUAUCAGCAGAAGAGCUUGAAUAUCGUCCCUGUCACGUUUCACGGUAUAAAUUUCCAAGCUAUUGCCGUAUCUGUCGCCAAAAGUGUGUCCCUGACGAAGUCAUGUUUUCUUAUCGUCAAGAACUCUAGCGUUGUUUUGCUCGCUACUGGCCGCCAAUCAGGCAGGAUGCUGCCAUGCCCCAAUUGUUUGUGCGAUCCUAACCUGCGCAAGAAACUUUUUAAUCCAAACCUUCAAGCUUUACUGUCUUCCAUGUCGGAAUCAUUUCGUCUUGAAACAUCUUUUUCGAAGAGGUAAUGCCUAUUUCGAGCUUGAUGAUAGCCUCGGUCCAAGUUUGUCCAGAGAAGCCCCAUGGACAUAUGGCUCGGCAGCUUGUGAGGGCUAUGAGCAUGCUAUUAGCCUCCAACAAGUCCAUUAGGAUUUCCCCUCAGAGGUUCUCGUUGCUUUUGGAUACUCUUUGCAACAUCUGAAGCUCUUGUUCAAUACGUGGCAGUUGCAGCCUCUCUACGAGCUCAGCUGGCCAUUAAUAGGACAAUUUCAGAACAUCUAAAGGGCAGUGUAAACUGUGACGAUUUAUAAGACGUAACGGUGUUACCUCAGGUCUAUCUCUGAGCGGACAUUCCUUCAAUUGGAAAAAUUACCGGAUCAUGACACUUUUUCUCGCUUGUGUCCUGGCCCGCGACUAGCGUACCAAACAUGUAGAGC